AUGCGCAAAGAGUGCACGCUCAACAGACCGUUAAAAAAGUAUGGCCGUCCCCCUAAACUGCUUUCUCACGAGAUGGUCGACGCAGACUCCUCCGACAGCAAGGACGACAGUUCAGCAAAAGGGUCGAGUGUUUCGGAUACCUCGACGAACUCCUCGGUGGAGGAAGUCACAGAACCAUGGAAACAGCCCCGCUCUCCGGAAUUGCUGAUCCAACAGCUCAGCUACACGUUCAGCCUCAACAACGACGAAAAGGGAUACAUGGAGAGAUUCAUCAGGUUUAAGGCCGCAAUGCUGUUGGGAACAAACACAGAAUUGUUUGUUCUGACAGUGGUCCCCUUGGCUUUCACUCUUCCCUGUGUCAAGUACACCAUAUUGGCCAUCUCGCUGGCCUCAGAAGAUCAUCUGGAAGCGUACCGAGACUCGCAGAAAUAUAGAUCGCUCGCAAAAUUCGACCGCAGCGACUCGCCAAGUACAGAAAUUAGGAUCCUCGAGCUGCUCAUGCUGGUGCUGAUGGAAAUCGUCAUGGGGGAUGGAAUGGAAUCGACCCUGUAUUUGGAAAAACUGGAAAUCAUAUUGAACCAGCUGCCAAACUGGCUACACGAGCGAAACUCCCAGCUUCAUCAGAUGCUUGUUCAGCUGUACAGUUACUUCCAACUCCUGAUGCGGCUGAAUUUCGGGUACUCCAUUCGCGAGGUGCCCGAGAGCUCGUUUUGCUUUGCUUUUGGUCUCAGCCAACCGACUCUGCAAAUUAUCGCACAGAUCCACACACUGCAAAAAAUGAGAGACCAGGGGUCCAUGACGGAGACGGAUGCGUUGCAAUUCUCAAGUCUGUUGGAAAUCAAAAUCCAGGCCCAUUCCACCAUAUCGCAAUUAUCUGCGGCUCUCAAUUGCUCAUGCUAUCUCCAGAUGUACCAGCUUCGGUCCUCCGCUGCUUCCAGCCAACUACAGGAAAACUGUCUUGCAGUCUUGCUCGAAACUGUUCAGAAAAUCCCGAAAACAGAGCCGCGGCUGUUGUAUCCAUUGAUGGUAGCCGGUUCGGUUGCAACCAAAAGAGACCACCAGGAGUACAUUCUGCGCCGCAUCAAAGAUCUCCAGAGUUUCCUCAAGUAUCCCUUUGUUUCCCGCUACCAAGACCUCUUGCUGUACAUGUGGCAGAGCAAAACACCACUGAGUGCUACACAAAACCAUAGCCCAACCGGUGUAUUGAAGCAUGAAUGCAAACCAUUUGGCACCUUCAGGAACGUCCCAGACUGCCAGAAUGACAUUGCCGAUUAUAUUCAGCACUUGGGACAGAAGAAUGGCCUGCCAACGCGAAUGGAAGAAGUCAGCAUAACAUCCUGUCAGAAUCAACCAAAGAAUACCAAUAGCUGGAGUGAUUGCGCCCAAUUGGUUAACCUUUCCGGUGCUGUAUCUUUUAAGCGACUUGAUCCAAAGCAAAUAAGCACCAGAGGUUCCGUUAUUAUUGUUCCAGCAGAAAAUAUCCCAAAGACUGAGGACAUAGAUGUGCCACGAGGUAAGCAGUUUUUUCCAGAUAGCGCGGUCGAAAAAGUGUCUUUCAGGAGGAACGUUGUAUCCUGUUUUGUUGUCCUUCAAUCUCUUUCUAGCAAGCAGGAUCUCUUUGUCGGUCAAGAAGAUAGAAUAGCACUGUCUUGGAGUACCUGGGAUGGAAUAGAAUCCGAUGAUUCCAACCGCUAUGGAAAUGAUAGCAUCGAUGAUGAACAUCCAUCUCCAACCUUCAAGGCCAUUCUUCAUGUUAAGCGAGUUAUAAAUGGCACCUUGCAAAAGACCAGAGGUCAAAACGCCAAGAUAUUGACCAAUAUAAUACACCAUAGAACGACGAACAAUCUCAUCAACUUUGUACCAACUUCCGAAAAGGUACAUGUAAGCGAGAUAGCCAGGAGCCUCAAACAGACCAAUGAAGAAUCUCAUGGCCUCCAAAUGACUAACGUUGGUUGCACGGUAAGCUCCCAGAGUGAACAAACUCCAACAGAUGUCCAAUGUUGGCAGAACAUAGCUCAAAGGAACUUUGUACAAGAUGUACAUGAAAGGAAUCUGGAAAACAAUGGUUCCGACGGUGAACACAGCUUGGGUGUGGACCAGAUCGUUACCUUUCAUUCCGAUGGAUUCUUUCAUUCCACUGACAUAAGCGUUGUUCAAGUUGGUUUGAUCGAGGUAUUUGACCCAAUAGGCCAUCAGGGAGUAGAAACAGAGCAAGAUGUCAAGCUUGAUCACCAGUUUUCUCUCCUCGGGGGUAUCGUCCUGGUUGAACCAAUGUGCCCCAUUCAGCAGGUCAACCAUACACUUUCCGAUCCUCACACCGUCAUUGGACAACUUGGAAUUGCGGCCCAUCGCGUCAUCAUAGGUUUCCUUGGUGAUUUUGCCGGCAUCAAGUCUGGAAUCCACCAGGAUGUUACCGCAAUCAGUCGUGAAUUCAGGAUGGCCUUGGAACGUCAACAGUUUGUUCUUUUUGUAUAUUCCCUGGUAUUUGCAUCCAUCGGUCGAUCCAACAUUGGCGUAUCCUUCGGGAAGCUCUCCAACAACGAUGUCCUGAUGCAUUUCCAUCACAGUGACGGUGUUUUUCGAGUCGUUGGAAGCCAAAGACCCGAUCUGAAUCUCUGGGUUCAGCUUGAUCUCCAUAAGUCCCAUUUCCCAUCCUUCUGGACUGCGAGUCACUUGCAUGUCCAGAGCAGUUGCAAUGAUCUGGUGUCCAAAACAGGACGCGGUGAUAGGGAACUCGUACUCAUUCAAACACAGUCUCAGAAAGUCGCGAAGCUUGACAAUCCAAGUCCUGCCGAACGGAACAGCGUGAUUGCCUGGUCGCCAAAGUCGCCAAACUUCUUAAGAGUCUCUAUCUGGGUGUCGCAAACCAGAAUCGCCACAAAUGGAGGAAUAAAGGUCAUUACAAUUGUCCCAGCAGAGGAAGAUCUUAUCUUAUUUAUUUGA